AGUCAAAACAAAUAACGAGAUGCUGAGUGUUUUAGUUGUUUAAAUUCAUAUUUGAAUGUCAGAUUAUAGAUGAAUGCCCAUAAUUGCAUGGACCUACAAGAAUGAAUGGGGAUGAUCCUCAUGUGAAUGAGCGACAAAGUAUACUGACCAGACUCCUAGAUGCUGUCAAACAGUGCCAAGUACGAUUUGGUGGGAGAACAGAAUUGGCUGCUGAUGCAGACAGCAGAGUUUCCUGUCUGUGUGCUGCCUGGGAGACUGGUCUCCAGCAUGGAAUGCGACAGAGUAACAAGGCUAUCUUAGCCCUCAAACAGGUGACAGAGAUUACUGGUCUCAGCAAAGUCACUGACAUGUUCAAUGACAUCACCAAUAAGGAGUCAGAGGCAGUGUUCUGGCAGUAUGUGAAGGAACACCUGACCAAACACGAGCUGGAUAGAUUCAUGAAGCUUCAGAGCAUUAACACAGACUCAGGGCGUGGUAGGGCAUGGCUAAGGGCUUCCCUAAAUGAACACUCUCUAGAAAGAUACACUCACAUGCUCCUUGAGAGUGAGGAACUACUCAGUCAGUUCUAUGAAAGUUGGGCAUUUCUGCGUGACCAGGAAAGGAGCAGCAUGAUGCCAAUGAUGGCUGCAGGUCUGGGAUCAAUCCUGUUUGCCAUCAACAUAGAUAAUGCUGAUUUGAACAAUAUCAGAAAGCCCACUACCAAUGUUAUCACAGUCCCUACUGCUUUGGCAAAGUCACCUCCCAGGGUAGAUGAUGAGCCACGUCCUGUCAUUGCUGGCGAGGAAAGCCCGACCACUUCCUCAGAAUUACUGAAGAAAAAAGACAAAAAGAAGAAAAAGAAAAUGGCCAACAUUGUGAGUUUUGAUGAGGAUGAUUCUGGAACAUAUAGUGCUUCACACCUAUCUGAAGUAGAUCAGUCAGAGUUUGACAAUGGGGCAACAGUGGGAAGGAGAUCAUUUGACACAAACAAUGACAGUGAACCUCAAAAGCAAACGAUGCCCUUGCUGAAGGCACCAACUAAUGGUACUUCCUCACAGAGGUACCUAUUGUACAGCCGAGAACCAAGUGUUACAUCGGGGACAUCUAAUGAUCGACAGAAUAGUCACAGCUCCUUCAGUUCAGCUGACUUUGAGUUAAGUGACCAUGGCAACCUGAUACCUUUGAAUCCUGCGGGAAAUCCUGUAACCCUUUCUGCGUCACCUGUAACCUUGGAACAUAACCUAAGUUCAUCAGUGGACUCUUCUGAUGGUCAGAAGUAUGGAGGACUGGACAUAGCUUCAGCAGCCCGUGCACUUGAUCUGGCUCAACAGGGAACAGCACACAGCUACCGUACCCAAGGUGAUGGUGGUAAUGUGAAUGUGGUGGCAAAGAAAGAUGCCAUGUCAACAGAUGAACUGAAGCAGGCAGUGGUGUCCAUGAUGAUGAGGAAGGACGAAGUGGAGGAACAGAAUAGGAGUCUACAGGAUACCCUGCAACUUGAGAUGGAAACCUCGUCCACACUACGGGCAGUUAUUGAGGAUAUGAAGAUCAGUUUUUCAGCUAAACAGGAGAAGGAGACAGCAAAAUAUCAGGCACUGCAAAAGGAGAAUGAAUUACUGAAACAUCAACUGAGACGCUAUGUUAACGCUGUGCAGAUGUUGAGGGCAGAGGGCUCACAGAUUGAUGACAACUUAGGUAUCCACUUAGAAGACCCUCAGCCUAACAUACCACCAGCCAAACCUAGUGUAGACUACAGUCACGAGGCAUCAGAAUAUGAGAAGAAAUUGAUACAGGUGGCAGAGAUGCAUGGGGAGUUGAUGGAGUUCAAUGAAAUGUUACACCGAACACUUAACAACAAAGAUGCCAUGUUACGCCGUGUCCAGCGAGAGUUAGUGGACCUCAGGGGGCCGCUGCCACAUGACCUGCAGUUGGCAGAUGAGUCGCUGAAUAUGGACAUGGAUAGCUUAUCCCUUCACCUGAACACAUUAGUUAACAUCUGGAUCCCUUCAGCUUUCCUCCAGGGAACCUCAUCCGAUCAGCAUCAUGUCUACCAGAUUUAUGUAAGAAUUCAAGAUGAAGAAUGGAAUACAUACAAAAGAUUUAGCGAGUUUCACCAGUUUCACAUCAAGUUAAAAAAGCAGUAUCCUGCCAUAGGUAGAUAUGAAUUCCCACCGAAGAAAACCAUCGGUAGAAAGGAAACCAAGGUAGUGGAGAAUAGACGGAAGGUUUUCCAGACAUAUCUAAGAAAAGUCAUCAACCACCUCCUAGAGAAAGAACCCACCCUUGCAGCUACAAUUAACAAGGAAAGACUACUACUGGCUUUACCUUUCUUCAGUGACAAACCACCAGAGAAGGAUGUAAAGAAAAAGGGAAUGAAGAAGUCACAAUCUGCUGCAAGUGUUCAGGCAGCUUCAACAGGCCAGCUUCCAGCAUCUGCAGCCCAACCAGAGUAUACUGGACUGUAGAUCUCAGUUGUACAAGGCUUUACUGGCCACUUCAGGCACAUUUCCUUAGUCAUUAUGGCUUGAUAGCAUAGCAUCAAAGACAUCAGACUUCUCUGUAUUACACUAGCAUUAAGUUGUAGGCACACCUCAGUCACCAACCCUUCCCCACCCUCCCCUACCUUGAUAACAUAGGACUAUAUACCUUAGAGUGAACCUAGCAGUCUGAGAUUUUAGGAGGGAUAUAGCAUAUUGUAGACCUGAAACUGAACACGGAAGCAUAUUAUGACAGAUACAGUGUGCUAUAUACCUCAAACUGAACAUGGCAGCCUGUGAGGAGGAAUACAGCAUACUGUAAACGUCAAACUGCUAGAGACAAUUCAACAGAAGUGCUGCAUUACCGGUUAAUCAGAGUCGGUUGUUCGAAUUUCCUCACAAAUUAUUGUCAUUAUUUUACUGUAACUCCUGUAUAGAGUUAUCUGUAGUUAUUCCAGUUUUGUCAGGUUAUUCAGGUAAAAGAACACUUUAUUUUUUAUGAGGUGAACGACCAACAUGGACUUUAAGAAUUCUUGAAGAUUAUUUAGAAACACGUUUUAACAGCAUUGUUUUAUGUUUUUUGUUUUUUUUUCCUUUUAUAAUAUUAUUUUUAUUAGCAAAUCACUCCUGCUUUGACCCCUGCCUUUUUUUGUCCUGGCCAGUGCAUGUAAUCUGAAGUGUCCUAAUACUUUACAAAUCUCAUGAUGAACAUUUCAUUUUAUUUUUGUAUAUCAUAAAUACAGAUUUUCCGGUGUUAACAUUUCAAUCGGCUAAUAGACCUCGUCUUUUUAUUACUUCAUUUGAUACUUCAAUAGCUAUGUUUCAGACUUGAAAAUGUAUUACUUAUUUUUAUUUUUGA